AUGUCGGCAUGCCGUCUUUGUGUACAAACUUUCUCCACGUUGCCAGCCUACUUCAAUCACUACAAGUACCACAGCAGUGUGCUGGGUGGUGCCCUCUGCCCUAGUGAGCCUUGUGAUGCUGUUUUAAAGAACUAUGAAAGCCUGAAAAGCCAUCUCUUCAGACAUCACAGAAAACGACGAAAAGAAGAAAAUGCAGUUUACAUCUGCCCGGUGAUCUCAUGUGAAGCAAGUGAACUGACCCGCACAAUGUUUUUGUCGCACAUUGCUACACACUUUAGUAGUGGCACAGACUCUGUCACAUGCCCUUUCACAGGUUGUGUCAGUGUGCUGACGACAGCUCAGUCAUUCAGAACGCAUGUGUCAAGAUACCACAGUGGCACUACAGAUGCUCUACAGCACUUGCAAGGGCCAGAUGCUGACAUUGAAAUGGAAGCAGGAACUGCUGAAACUGAAGAAUCUAGUCUGUCCAUGAGCGUAGUGCGAAGCCAUGAUGUAGAGCCUAGUAGCAGCAGCCAUUUCGAUGAGAACCUUUUUACUGAUAAUUUUGCACUGUUUCUUCUGAAACUUGAGAGCCAGCAUCACGUACCUGCUAGUACUGUGCAAAACAUUAUCAAAGAGAUGCAGAAUCUUCAUAGCCUGAAUCGUACUUUGACUUUACAAGAGGUUUCAAAAGCUGUCUCAAAUGAUACCCUUGCUGCUGUAAAUUCGGCACUUUCUAUAGACCCUUUUGGAACUGCAUCUCUCGUCCUCAACUCAUCCUAUUCUAAGCACAAAUAUUAUAAAGCAAACUUCUGUUUCGUGCCACCUGUAGAGAUCACCCUGGGUAUGAACAAGCAGAAUGUAGCAUCAGUUUGCUGUUAUGUUCCAAUUGAAGACCUGAUAUGUUUCUUGCUCUGUCAUGCACCUACUGGUCAACCCAGUGCGUCAGAUGGGUGCUACCAUGAUUAUAUUUUCUGCCAGCCUUUCAAACAGUCCGAUGAAAAUGUCAUACGCAUAAUCCUGUAUCAGGACGAGUUUGAAAUUGUGAACCCACUGGGCUCAUCAAAGGGCCAUUUCAAGUUGCUUGCGGUGUAUAUGACCCUUGGGAAUUUGCCACUGUACUGCAGGUCGCGUGUAGAGAGCAUGCAGCUAGUGAUGCUUUGUCGCCAGAAAGACGUAAGAGAAUUUGGGCUCCAGAAGGUUUUACAGCCAUUAACCGAAAGUUUAGUGAUGCUGGAACAGAAAGGACUGCCAAUUAAUGGAGUGAACCACCAUGUACGGUUGGACUUCGUAGUGGGUGAUAACCUUGGAAGUCAUAUGAUUGGUGGCUUCACCCAGAGCUUCAGCACAUCCGCAUUCAUUUGCCGUUUCUGCCUUUUGACUCGUUUAGAAUUUCAUGAGAAACCACAUCUAGUUGGGGAAAGGCGGACCCCAGAAAAGUAUAUGCAGUCACUUGAACGGCUUGAAAGCAGUAAUGAACAGAGUGACUGUGGCAUUGUAAAUAACUCCCCGUUUCAUGUACUGAGGCACUUUCAUGUGUGCCGGUCAGGAUUGCCUCCAUGUAUUGGACAUGACCUUUUUGAAGGUGUAGUUCGACAUGACUUGCCGUUAUACAUUCGGUAUUUUGUCACCAAGAAAAGGUGGUUUACUUAUGAAUAUCUGAACAACAGGAUUUCUACUUUGAAAUACAGCACUCAUGACCUGCGAAACAAGCCAGCCAAGGUGCCCAGCCAAAGUGACAAGCUUGGGGGCCAUGCAAUUCAAAAUUGGACGCUGUUAAGAUUGCUUCCUUUGUAUAUAGGCACAAAAGUGGCCGAUACAAAUGACCCAACUUGGGAGCUCGUGGUCAAACUCAUGGAGGUAACCGAUCUCAUUAUGGCACCAAAAAUAACUGCAGCUCAAGUUGCAUAUCUGAAAAUUUUGACCGAAGACUACAUAGUGUCUCGAAGUAUCCUGUUUCCCAGUGCCAAACUACGGCCAAAGCAUCACUACAUGCUACAUUACAGUGAACUUAUUCAGGAGUUUGGCCCACUCUGCCACGUGUGGACUAUGAGAUUUGAAGGCAAACAUCAAUAUUUUAAACAGUGCAUACGCAGUUCACGAAACUUCAAGAAUGUCACAAAGACAUUGAGCGAACGACACCAGCUUUAUCAAUCAUUCCUGGCUGCCCGAGGUUUAUUCCGCACUUCUCCAGUGUUCACAGACAUGAGCCAGGAUGAGCAAACAAGGAUUCAGAGUGAGGUUGUGCAUUGUCAGAUUCGUGAGCAUAGUGUCCUGCUAAAGAAAGCCACUGUGGAUGGUUGCAUGUAUGCAGUCGAUGACUAUGUUCUUGUGUCGGGAACAAGGUUUGAUCCUGUGUUUGGUUUAAUAAUUGCCAUUGUGAAAAACAUCUCUGCAGAAAUAUUUCUGUUAGUUAAGUGUGUUCGUUCAGCAUGCUUGCCAGGUCUCUCGUUGUAUGUGUUGCAAAGUUCAGCUUGCACAACAGAACUCCUAUGCCCUUUUGAGCUGCUAGACAGGACAGCUUACCAGCCCUACGCUUUCAAUGGUGCCACUGUUAUUAGACUGAACUUGUCAUUUCCUGAAACGCUGUGA